AGACAAACCAUCUGGAAGCUUUUAUUACGGAAGCUGAGAAAAGAGGGUAGAAACAGAGGAAGAAGCAGCAGUCAGCGGCUCGCUGUGCGCUGCGGCGCUGUCCUGCAAGAUGACCCGCUUCGCCUCGCUGUGGGCCGGCUGCGCGGCCCUGCUGGCCUGCCUGUCCGCCGCCCGGGCUCUCUACUUCCACAUCGGGGAGACGGAGAAGAAGUGUUUCAUUGAGGAAAUUCCGGACGAGACCAUGGUGAUCGGGAAGUACAGGACCCAGCUAUGGGACAAGCAAGCCGGGUCUUUUUUGACCUCCACACCUGGCCUGGGGAUGCAUGUCGAAAUCAAGGACCCAGACACCAAGAUCGUUCUGUCCAGGCAGUACGGCUCUGAAGGACGCUUCACCUUUACUUCACACACUCCGGGCGAGCACCAGAUCUGUCUGCACUCCAACUCCACCAAGAUGGCGCUGUUCGCGGGUGGAAAGCUGCGAGUACACCUGGACAUCCAGGUAGGAGAGCACACUAACAACUACCCUGAGAUUGCGGCCAAAGACAAGCUGACAGAGUUACAGCUCCGGGUCCGACAGCUACUGGACCAGGUGGACCAGAUUCAGAAGGAGCAGAACUAUCAGCGGUACCGCGAGGAACGUUUCCGGAUGACGAGCGAGAGCACGAACCAGCGCGUGCUGUGGUGGUCCAUCACGCAGACCAUCAUCCUGCUCAUCACCGGCGUCUGGCAGAUGCGGCAUCUCAAGAGCUUCUUUGAGGCAAAGAAGUUGGUGUAGCCAUGCUGCGCUGGACCCGGAGUACAGAUGACUCCCUGACCCCCCCCCCCGAAAGACCAGAGCCCACUAUCCCCCCCCCCCUCCUCUCCCAUCUGAUUCUACCAAGAGCUCCGCAGAAGGACUGACUUGACACACUUGCACGCCCUGCAUGAACAAGACACUAACAGACUGAUGCACGCAGACACAUUCAGAAAUACGUUUCACGUCACAUGACAUCCUGAAAAACAGCGGAGUGACUAUCACCCUGGAUAAUGGGUGUGAUCAGAGUGUCUACUGAAAAUAGCGAAUGUUCUCCAUGUGGAGGCGGUAGGGGGACCUGUCCGUCUCACACUUGGUAUACAAUUUAGCCCUGGUGUUGCUUAGUUUUCACAAAAAAAAAGCUUAUUUACAUUCCAUAUUUCUUGUGUUGUAGUUAUUGUGUGAAAGGCCAUUGUACUAAGAUUUAAGAAUUAAGUUAAUAUGGACAUACAGAGUUAAUUAUGCUGAGAAGUUAGUGUGUUGUAUCUUAGAUAAUUUGGCAUUCACAAAAAACACCACAGUCAUGGCAAAAUGUGUGUAGUGUCAGCUGAAUGAGUCAGAUUUCCACAAAGCUUCAUAAAAGUUCUUUUUAUGUAACAACAACAGGAGUGGUCACUUGGUAUCAUGCUGUGCAGCCAGGAUUAACCACGUUGGUGCUGCUCUGGGCUGGUCAGCCGACUGGCAGUCCUGUCGUCCCGCCUAAGAUUCAAAGAUCCUGGUUAAGGACUUUAAACAGAGAUUUAUAUGGAUGCAGACAACUACAGGCAGGAAACACUACAGCUCAAACUGUACAACUAAAGUCUAAUCAGCAAGACUCUGGCUAGAUUUAGCGUCUCAGAGGGGUUACGAGGGCGUGUGAGUCACCAUCCCCAGCAAGGACAGCUGCUGGGAGCUCGGGAGCCUCACGUGCUGAAGGACACUUCAAACCAAUAAAAGAUUUUCUCAAAGCCUGAGGAUUCACAGAUUUGAGCCCGAGUUUGUGUAGACAUUCAAUGGCUUAUAUUGUCGUUUUUGUUGUGAUGAAUUAAAAAUGAUUUUGAAACUAU